AGUGCCGUUUGGGGCCAUCAGCAGGAAGCAGGAUUGUACGGUAUUUGUCCUGCGACGUCGCGUCCACAAAAAACACACCAAAUUCUAGCCAGUAAAAAAAAGAAAAACAGCAGCAGCAGCAGGAGCAUCCAGCCCUUCAGCGAACUCAGUGAAUCAAACGGUACUCGGGUCCUCAGACUUUUUACAGUGGCCGGGGGCGAUGGCUAGUCUGCGAAACUAAUCCAAAUAUAACCCUAAAUCAAAGCCAAAUAACGUAAUGUUAACCGAAUAAAAAAAUAGAAAAAAAAGAAGCAGGAAAAUCUGCCAAGCAUAACUCUCGAGCACUGCCUACCACGCCACGCCCCCCGCAUUCGACCGUGUGUCCCCGCCCACACAUGCGAAAAUAACCGUUACACGGCCGUUGAUGCUGCGCUCUGCGAAGAAGAAGAAGUAGGGCUACCACCCCCCCUACUCCCCCCAUCCACCGAGUAUAUAGUACAUAUUUACCUAUUUACAUAUUUGCACAUAGGUAACCAAGCCGAGUAUUUGCCACUCGAAAAAAAAGUGUUACCAAAGUGCUUUCGAACUCGUUAAUUCUCGCCCAGAAAAACGGACGGUUUGCGCCCCCCACCAAAAUGUUAUAUAAUGCAAAAAUUAAUGCCCCCGCAUUUCGGGGAGUUUUUCGCUCGCCCAUCAUAAUGCCAUUCGAUUCGCAGCGUAUAUAUACGUAUAUAUAGAAAAAAAAACCCAAAAACCCGAAAACAAAAAACCCAAAACCCGCUAAAGAGUGUUCCAAAGUUUUCGUGCUACGUUCCGGGCUUAUAUAAGCGGCUGUUGUACUGAAAUGAAAGGAUCCCACAGCCAGCACACGCACCAACAAAAAAAAAAGAGAAAAUCCUUAUACAUAUACACCUAGCCACGAGUGUGCGUGCGUUCGUGUGUGUGUGCGUGUGUGUGUGUGCGCAGUGUCAACGCAGCAAAUAAAACAAAAGUGAAAGUUAACACACAAAGAGCGAAGGCAGAAAGCCUGCGAAAAGAAAGCGAAGAGGACAAUCGAGGAUUUAAAUGAAACACGAAAAAUGCUGAAUAAAAAAAUCUAGAGUCCUUUGUGAUACACACGUUCUCGAGGGUUAUUAUAAGUCAAAAGAAAAUGAUUUGGGACUUUUAUUUCCAUAGGUUUGGUUUGGCUUUUAUUCGAAACAUGCUUCUUCGAUUUCCACUUCUUGGAUUUGAGGCUCUAACACCAAUACCAAUGUAGAGGGAAAGCCAAGAGAGGCACACACGCAUAGGCUUACCACCAAUACAGCGAAAGGGGCGAGUUCUUUUGGUCCUGCGGCCUCUUCCACUUAUUCCUCUUCAUCUUCUUCUUGUUCCUAGCCAACUUCUUCUUCUUGGCUAUAAUACGAAGAAAAAAAAGGGAAAAAAGUGGCAUGCGGAGUGCUUGCCUGGCUGCCCUAAGUAACUACUCACGCACACAACCGCGCUCGCAGGACGAAAAAGAGAGAGCGAGCGAGCGCGCGUGUGUGUGUUAGUGUGUGUGGGUGAGAGAGCCACGGCUUACACCCACGAAUUCGAGUCCUCGUGCUCCUUGUGUGGAUCCCUGCGUUCGCUGUUUUUGUGUGUUUGCAGCGAAAGCCAACAAAAACAAGAGAGAAAGCAGAAAGCAGAAGCAGAGCAGCGAAUUAUAUAAAUUUCUUUGCACUGCCUCCGAGUGUGUGUGUGUGUGUGUGUUAGAUAUACGGGAUUUCCACGACCGUUUUUUCGGCUUUCUUCUUUUGUGCGGUGUUCGCGUUCGGUCGGUUAUACCGUUGAAAAGCUUCGGCAAAACGAAGAGCUAGUGCCAUCUCGCUCUGUGCGAAAAAUCUUAAAAAUAAAUUAAUAAAACUCUGGAAAAAAAAGCCACCAAUAACCCCUUGAAAAGUUAUUGCUAAUCACUUUUCCAAGAAAAAGAAGUUCCCAAAACAUAUUCUUAACCAUUAGCUUAAUGAUUUUGAGAGAGCGCAAAUAGAGCGCAUUGAGAAAUCGAGAGCGUGAGCGCACAAAAUAUUUUCGAACAUUCCCCCCCCCACAUUUUUUUUUUUGACUGAAAAACACACAUUAAAAUCGGAAAAAUGCCCCUAAAAGUGCCUAACCACAACUUCUUUGUCUUUGUGCAGAUUUCUUAAUUAAUUAAUUAUGUGAGCAACCCAAACCCCAACGUAAAAGAUAAAAAAAAGAAAAAAACCAAUUCAACGAAGCAAACGAAUUUCAAAAUGUCCAAUUCCAAUUCCAAGGUUAUUGUGCACCACCAACCAAUACAACAAUAAUAAUAAUAAUUAAAUAAUAAUAGUAUGAGAAUAACAGAAAAUUAAAGCGUUAAGCGGAGUGUGUUUUUAUCGAGAAAAUCGCGGCCCCCAAACAAAGGUGACUAUACGAAUGCUGGCCAGUGAUUAGCUGGCGAAAGGGAACUGGGAAUCUGGCCGGGAUUCAUGCCGCUGGAUGUGGACGACGCAGGGCAGCAACUGAAGCUGGAGCGGCUCUGGCGGAGGGAUCAGAGGGAUCAGACGACGGAUCGAGAGAGAGCCGAUCGCCAACCAAGAAUACCGCUCCGCAGCCCACACUACUGAUGAUGAUGGGGCCAUGAGCCCAUCAUUACUCGCAUUGAAUUGGAGUCGCAAGCGCGUCUCAAGCGGGCCUGCACCAUGCUAGCACCGCCGAACCCGAGGUCAAUAUGCGGCCAGGACCCGGGCUGGUCGUGAUGGCGCUUGCGUUUAUUUCGGGGGCUCGGCGUGGCAGCAGCAGCAGCAUCAGCUCAGCAACAGCAACACCAACAGCGGCAGCGGCAGUAGCAACAUCUGCAGCGGCAGCAACAGCAGCAGCAGCAGCGGCGGCAGCAGCAUCAUCCGCAGCAGCAGCAGGGGCAACCACAUCGGACGGCGGUGGAAGGGGCAGAGGCAGAGGCGGCGGAGGCGGAGGAGUUGCAACCACGUUACCGUCCACUAGCGAAUCGUCGUCGUCGUCGUCGUCGUCAUUCGCGCGCAGCUCUGGCUCAUACCUGCUGCCCAUCUUCCUGCCCCACCAUCUCGACUUCGCGCUCCAGUUCCACCCACAACUGCCGCCGAGGGAGUACAGCCAGUACCAGGCCCACUCCGAGUCCUGGAUAACCUCGAGGAUUGCGGACAGAAGGCAGCAGAGGCGAAGGCGCCGCGAGAGCAGCAGCAGCAGGGAUAUAGCAGGUAGGGCAGGCGGGACAGGAUUGGGAUUGGCAACGGGCGGAGGAACAGCGGUCACAGCGGGCACAGAGUUCGGCGAGGCCAACAACAACGAGGAGACGGAGGAGGAUCGCGGCCUGACCGUGCAGUUCCCCUCCUCGCAGGCCUACGACGAGGACCAGGACAUCUUUGCCCUGGUGGCCGAGGACGAUCUGCUGUCCGAGGAGUCCUUCGAUCGCCUGAUCAAGCUCAACGAAGACGCCGACGAAGAGGACUACAAUCUGCAGCAGCAGCAGCAGCAGUUGCAGCGGCAACAGCAACCCGAAGCGGAAACGGAAAUAGACACAGAGCCAGAGAGCGAGACGGAGACAGAGACGGAGACGGAGACAGAGAGGGAAGCCGAAACGGAAACGGAAACUGAAACCGAACAGCAGCAGCAGGACGAGAGCCGACUGAUUGAUGAGGGUGUCCUGCAGCAUAACGACAACAGCAACAGCCACUCGAAGGAGUUCGCCAACAGCUACGAUAAUAACAAUAACAAACGAGAGGCCAGCGGCCACAUCCUUGAUGCCCAGACGGCCCAGCUGAUUGGCCACAAGGAUAACAGCCUGUCCGCCGUGGCCACCACCGAGUCGGCAGGAGCAGGAGCAGGAGCAGCAGACAGCAGCACCACCACAUCCUUGCCAGCACCCGUGGAUCUGAAGAAGUCCAUACUCGGCACUGCGACUUCGUUAACACGCCUUAAUCCUUGGAUAUCAGCCUGUGAUCUGGCACAGCCGGGCACAGCAACCGACUUGCAGGGUCAGUGCUCGGCUGGUACACUGCCCAUGGCCUGGGUCGAUGAGGGACCCGGGCCCCCAAUCUGCCCCCGAUCCUGCGCCGAACAGCAGCAACAGAGGCCGGCGGCCUCCAAGGCGAAGCGGAGCGCCACCAGUAACAAUAAAGUCAAGUAUUUCGUAAACUAUAAGACAGCCCAGAUGCGUUUGCGCCGCGGUGGGGAGUACGCGAUGGACGCCACCGAGAGCAAUUCCCCAGCGGCCAGCGAGCGGCCAACGAGCACCACCGACGACCAGGAGGAUGUGGAGUCCUCGUUCUCGUUCUCCACCACCACAGAGGAGGCGAUGGCGGAGGCGGAUACGAAGGUGCCGGAGCCGACGCUGUCCUACAGCCAUCUGCAUGCCCAGGAGCCGAUCCUGGUCCACCAGCAGGGGCAGGAGCAGGGGCAGGGGCAGUGGCAGGAGGAGCAGGAGGAGCAACAACAGUGCCUUGAAUAUCUGGGCGAUUCCGCCGAGUCGAGUCCGCAGCACCUGUGCGACCUCCAGUCACCUGCCCAUCUGCUGGAGCGGCUGAGGGUCCUGCGGCUGCGCAACUGCUGCGAGAGGAGCGCCUUCAGCGCCCUGCACACGCUGGCCUUGAAUGCCAGCCUAUCGGAUCGGAGCGAGUGCAUCCGCGUGCUGACCGAUUUGCUGGACGUGGACGGACUGGCCAACAGGAUCACCUGCGAGCUGGCCGAGAUCCUGUUCCGUUUCGACUGCCGGCAGGUCUACUCGCUGAUCAAUCAGUGCGACGAUUGCAAGGAAGCAUAUCGUCGCUGGGUCUGCAGUACACUAGUGCCAUAUUUCGCCGAGCCAAAGGACGUGUCGCCGAAGCCAAAGGACGAUGGCCAGGCAAACACAGGCAAGAGCAAACGCUCGGCGAGAAGUGCAGCGAUGGCGAUGGCGAUGGCGGACCACCGGGUGGACGGAAUCAAGCAUAAAUCUCUGAAAUUAAUCAGCAAUAACAAUAAAUCAAAUAACGGCAAUAACAUGAACGAGCGUCAGAUUAAUCAGAAGCAUGACAAGAGCUCGAAUGCGAACGCGAAUGCGAACGCCAGCGCCAACAAGGACAUUGACCGCAGCGUGGAGGAGGCGAUUGGCAGGGACCUGGCUCAGACAUUCUACGAUGUUGUUGGCCUGUCUAAGCCCCGUCACGGAGGAGAGCAGGUCCUGCCGGACGACGAACCAGCACCCGAUGCGGACUCCGAGGUCGAAACGGAUACCGACAGGGAGAGGGAGAGGGACGGGGAGAGGGACAGCGAAAGGGACAAGGAGAUGGACAGAGAAAGGGACAGGGAGACGGAGAAAGGGAAGGAGACCGAGACGGAUACUGAGGCCGAGGCCGAACAACAAUCCAAUAAUUUCAUAUCGACUGCCAAUAAUUCGGAUCCCAGAGCCACGGAUCCAGUGAUAUCAAAACUACAGAAGAGAUCAACACGCAAGACAGAGUUCCGUAAGCGCCGCCGUAUCCGGCCGUGUCUGAGCGUCUGCCAAACCGUGGAACAAAAGUGCCCCUACCUGCUGCCCGCCGAUCGCGCCCCCGCGCUGCCCACCCAAUAUGCCGGCGAGCCGACAUUUCUCUGCCUAGAUCAAAACAUUCCCGAAACAGGGGCGCAGCUGGAGAAGUCGAGCUACGGCCCCAACGAUUGCUGCUACAGCUACUGCAAUGGCCCGGCCUCGGGGAUCUGCACCAUCUGCCCGGACUUCAGCCAGUCCCGCAUGGAGGAGCAGGAGGGAGCUGGGCCGGGCAACUCCACCCGCCGAGUGCACAACAUCACCAUCUCGCUGAGCUCGCAUCCCGGGGAGCAUGCCCGGGCCAAGAGUGUGGCAUUGGCGCUGCGGAACGUCAGCCAGACCAACAGCGAUCCGGAUGCCGUGGAAACGCUGCUCGAACGCCUGCCGUACUACGCCCGCCAUGAUGGGGUCUUCUACUACGACGAGGAGGGCGAGAUGCCGCAGGCGUCCCUCUCCGGCGACUGUGCCGUCGUGCCCACGGUGACCACACGCUGCACCAUCCCGUACUACGCCUCCGGCACGGAGGCGGUGGCCAGGCCGCCCACGCAGCUGCUGAUCUGGCUGAGCGCCCUGCUCGGCCUGCUCAGCAGCUGUGGAGCGGCCAGGCAGCGGUGGAGCUGCCAGUGGAGCAGUGGGUGCGGCGGGCACAGGGGUCGCCACGCAGGACACUCGGUCGCCUGCGAGGCCAGCUGCCACGAGCAGGAGCUGGUGAAGAGCAGGGGCAGCGGGCCAAGGACGCCGGCAGCACUCCCAGCGAAGGAGAAGCUGGAGGUGUCGGUGCCGGUGCCAACCAGAUCCUGGCUGUGGUCCAGAUCCUGGCACACUUACAAGCUGACCUGCAGCAAAGUGCGAUUCUUUAGUAGCCGGAGCAAGUUCAAAGGCGAGUCGGGGGCAAGUCGCUUAACUAACUAUAAGGAAUCGCGGUCGUUGAGAGCGGGCAUCCAGUGGAGUUGGGGGGCAGGAUGCUUUAGGACUAGGAACUAUCGCUACUUCUACUACUACAACUACAACAUCAACGAUUGGUGGCGGAGAUGGUGGCGCUGUUUGAGCAGCGGCGCCUUAUAGUGCCUGCAAAACGUAUGCGGCCAGUGGAAUAUGGGGAAUAUGUGGAUUAAGUGGACGGACAACAAUGACGACUCCCUCUCUCUCUAGUGAAAAAGCGAUACCAAAUACUAAUAAUAGCUAAUUCAGAAACGAUACAUAAUAGAUGUAGCGAUGGUCAAACAACAGACACACAGCAACACACCAAAAAUCCAUGGAAAGCGAAUUAAACGAAACGUAAAACAGAAACCACUUAAAUAUUUAUGGUCCUCUUUCAAACGAAAUAAAAACAAGCAUGAAUUAAUUAUAAAUCUCUAUUGAAACAAAACCAAAAUAGCAUAUUUUAUUACAACUAGAACAAAGAAUAUGAAUAUUUAAUUAAACAAAAAGCAACUGCCACAAGAAUAGGUUUUUUAGAUAAACGAUAACGGAAGUAUAAAAAUAAAAAAAAAAAGACAUUUAACAAAACGCAUACAACUAAAAUAUAAAAGGGGAUAGCGACGGAAAAUAUAAAUAGUUAAU